AUGGAAUUGGGAAAGAAAAAUAACAGAGAACAAGAACAGUUGCAGAUAAGCAGCAGCAGCAGCUCCAGAUGGAAAGGCUAUGUAGACUGGAGGAACAGACCCGCCAUCAGGGGCCGUCACGGCGGCAUGGUGGCGGCCUCGUUUGUGCUAGUGGUUGAGGUGUUGGAGAACUUGGCGUAUCUGGCAAAUGCGAGCAACUUGGUGCUGUACUUAUCUGAAUAUAUGCAUUUAUCUCCAUCCAACGCUGCCAACAAUGUCACAGAUUUCAUGGGCACUGCUUUCCUUCUCGCCCUUCUUGGAGGUUUCUUAUCCGAUGCCUUUUUCACUACUUAUCACAUCUACUUGAUAAGUGCAGUCAUUGAAUUCCUGGGUUUAAUCCUACUCACAGUGCAAGCCCGCUUGCCCUCACUAAAGCCACCGCAGUGCACUCCGGGCAAUCCCAACAGUCCAUGCCAAGAAGUUGGUGGCGGAAAAGCCGGGAUGCUGUUCAUAGGUCUAUACAUGGUGGCGCUCGGUGUUGGAGGGAUCAAAGGGUCGUUACCAACUCAUGGAGCAGAGCAAUUUGACGAGAGCACACCGCAGGGAAGGAAGCAGAGAUCAACCUUCUUCAACUUCUUCAUCUUCUCUCUCGCAUGCGGCGGCCUGAUCGCGGUGACACUGGUGGUGUGGAUUGAAGACAACAAAGGGUGGGAAUGGGGUUUCGGAAUCUCGACCAUCAGCAUAUUGGUGUCUAUACCAGUGUUUCUUGCAGGCUCCGCUCUUUACAGGAAUAAGAUACCUUGUGGAAGUCCCCUAACAACCAUUCUCAAGGUUCUGAUCGCCGCAGCGCUCAACCGCUGCAUAACCAAGACCCCAAGCAAUGCCAUCGCCAGCAUGACAGCCAGCCCUUUAUCUCCAACCCCAAUCAUCACAAAGCAACCGGACCACCCACACUCCGCCAUCGAACUAAACCACGACGGCACCGAAACGCCGUCACAAAGCCUCAAGUUCCUAAACCGAGCCGUCCUCAACAACAAAUGCACAGUCCAGCAACUCGAGGAGGUCAAAAUCGUCCUAAAAAUCCUCCCAAUCUUCGCCUGCACAAUCAUGCUCAACUGCUGCCUCGCCCAGCUCUCCACCUUCUCCGUCCAACAAGCCGCCACCAUGGACACCAAGCUCGGCUCCCUCAAAGUCCCGCCGGCCUCCCUCCCCAUCUUCCCCGUCGUCUUCAUCAUGAUCCUCGCCCCACUCUACGACCAGUUCAUCGUCCCCUUCUUCCGCAAAGCCACGAAGUCCGAGAUGGGAAUCUCCCACCUCCAGCGCAUCGGCAUCGGACUCGCCCUCUCCAUCGUCGCCAUGGCCAUCGCCGCCGCCGUCGAGAUAAAACGGAAGCGCGUGGCGACACGCGCCGCCAUGCUCGACUCCACCGAGCCGCUACCGAUCACGUUCUUCUGGAUCGCGCUGCAGUACUUGUUCCUCGGCUCGGCGGACCUGUUCACGCUCGCCGGGCUGCUGGAGUUUUUCUUCACGGAGGCGCCGGCGAGCAUGAGGUCGCUGGCGACGUCGCUGACGUGGGCGUCUCUGGCCAUGGGGUACUACCUCAGCUCCGUGAUUGUCUCCGUCGUGAACGGAGUCUCCGGCAAGUUUUCCGGUGACAAAUGGCUAUCGGGAGAAAAGCUCAACAGUUAUCAUCUGGAGAGGUUUUACUGGCUCAUGUGUGUGCUCAGUGGGCUGAACUUCUUGCACUACCUCUUCUGGGCCUGCCAGUAUAAAUACAGAACCACAGGGGCAAAUAAGUAAAACCAGGAAUCAUGUGGACAACGCAAAGUAUAUAUGUAUGGGUCGAAUGGGGCGCGUACAGAACAAAACUUGGGCCUUGGAGAGAUCCAAACAUUGGGUCCAUUGAAUCAGAGCCUACACAGAGUAACUUGUAAUCUUCAGUUCAAAUGAAGCAAAUGGUUCAUGUAGAUUUUGGAAUGGCUGGCGCUCACUGCUCAGCCUCGUUUAUGUUUCCAAUUCUCGAAAUAAUAGGAUUCGUAAUUUUUCUUG